AUGAAAACCAGGGACCAAAGGCCUAGUAGAAACAGUAAAUCUGUAGUACAAGCUUUAAGCUUGGAGAAGGAAGCAAGUAGCUCGGACGUCAUGCAUAAGGAGAAUGACUUAGAAGAGCGGAGAGUGACUAGGUCUAUGAGAAAGAGUGGAGAAAAGGUAGUUUUUUUUGAGAAUUCUAACGCUAAUCAAGAAAUACCCAACAAUUAUGUCACAACUGACUUUAGAGUCAGUCAGCCACAUAUUCAGGUGGAUGUGGAUUCUUCCAAUAUUCAGGAACCAAUACUAACUUCUAUUGGUGAAGUUAAGAAUGUAGUUAGUAAAAGUAACCAAGAAGUUUCUCAGACCACACUGAAACAAAAGAAUAAAAAAGUUUUGCGUAAAUCUAAAAGAGGUCGCUCCAAGAAUAAGUCAAAGUACAAGAUGGAAGCAUCUUCUUUUGGUAAGAGUACUGAUAAGAUGGCCUCUAAAGCACGAAAUUCUGAGGUUAAGUUGGGAAAGGAUAUAUAUCACAUGAAUGAAUUGGACUUAGACAUAACUUCGGUAACAUUAAUUAAUGAGAACUCUACAAGUACCCCAAGCUCUUCAGGAGGAACUUCUAGAAUGGCCAAAAUAAGUUGGAGUAGGUUUGAUUCCUUUUUUAGGAAGAUCCCAAUGGGAGCUAAGAAGGAUAUCAUCCUAAAAACAAUUCCAACAAACCCAGGAUUAAGAAAGCCAAUAAUCCAGGAAUUAACCAUCCUUGAGCAGACUCUCUUUACCGAUCCUCCAUGGGGAAAAAUAGGGAGAGCUAGUCCCUAUAUAAACAAAUCAAAUCUUUCUCUUCCUCCAAUAUACAUGAAAAGCUGUAGUUUGGAUGCUAUUGUUGAUCUUGUUUCUAAAUCUAUUUUAAAAAUUAGAGGGGGUAAUCCCUCCAAGAUCCCUCAGGAAAUUCAAAAACCAUAUUUUUUGCUUUUCAAGCUCCCUAGAUCACUUUCUUUAGUGGCAUUGGAACCAAAAUCACCAUUGGAGUUUGGGAUAUCUGAAGGAGGCCAUAUUGAAACUUCUGUUACCCAUGAACAACAAAUACCUAUAAACGACUUCUCAGAAAUGGAAUCUACAAAUAGUAAUAUUUUGAUGAAACUUUCUAAUGAACCAUCUAGUUUCUAUCAUUUUUCUCUCUCAGAUCAUCGGAGUCCAAAACCUGAAAUCCCUGACAUCUUGGAUACUUUCAAUAUCAAAUGGGACAUCCUACAAACACUUGAUUUGUCCUACUAUCAGUUUAAAUAUAUAGAAAGAUAUCUCCGUGAUGUCUUCUUUAACUACGAUCAAAGCCAUAAGAAGGUCUUUUUUACUCCUGCCAGAAUCAACAACAAACAAGAUAUAUUCACAAUCAACAUCUUUGAGAGGAUAUCCAAUAACAUAGACGAACUUAAUUCCCUGGUCAACCUUAACAUUUCUCAGCAAACAAAAACAUACCAAAACCUUUAUGAAGAAGAGGGUAGCUUGUUUCAGAACAUAUCUUCCAAUAAUGUUGAUCAAAUAGAUCUUAGAUCUCUUAUUGAUGAGUUCAACAGAGUACAUAGUCCUUCUAGUACAAUUUCCACUGAUACUAGUAAUACAAGUAUCAAUAAUAUAAGUACUACUAAUACUAGUCCUGCUGAAACUCCAGUAUUAGGAACAAUAACUGGUUCAAGCCCAUCAUUACAGACUCAACUUACAACAGAAGCUCCCUUAUACAGAGAUGAUAUAUGGGGAACCUAUAGAAGUUAUGACCCAAUUUAUUGGUGGGUUGACUUUGUACUAUCAUCUAACAAUACUUGUAUCUCAACAGUUCCCCAAAGUAAUACUUUACAGGAUGUAUGUACAGAUGAACAAAAGGUCUUCCUUCAUAAGAAUGGUUUGAGUUAUAUAGAUCCUCCUGGCUGCGUAGAAUUGGGAGGAGUAUACUGGUUGGAUCCGAAUAAACCCAUUAGACUUACUAGAGAGGUUAAUGACAAGCAUAAAUUUAACAUAAAUACUCAAAGCCCUAAAGAAGAAAAGAGUAUACAAGAUUCUGAGAAAGUAAUUAGUAGUGAUUUUACUAAUCAUGAGGAAGAUCUUAAACAGGAACCUGAUACUCUUUUUAUUCAUCCAUAUAUGAUGAAUGAUUUUGUUGAAUAUAAGGACUUUAAUUUUGUUGAAGCAAAUCUGGAAAGGUUUCUCCCUAUAUAUAAUGAAAUUGUGGAUUCUAUUGCUAAACUCAGAUUUAAGAUCCAAAACAGAAUAAUAUACGAAAAUGAGAAUAAUGUUAGGAUAACUGACAUUCCUUUCAUCUGGAUGAAUGUAGUACAAAGGUACCAAAUUGUUAAUUCUUGGAAUAAAUUAAAAUUCUUCUUGGUUAAUGGGUACAAGGACUUAUACCCUGCAUUCUUAAGACAACUAGAUGCAUCCAAGAAGAUGGAAUCUGUACAAGAUCUUGACAGUGAAGCCAAAUUUAAGAAUGAAAAGAAAUCUAAAUCUUCCAAGUUUGAUGCUUUAUUAGAAUCUAAAGAGAAGAAUAUGCACUUGACUAAUGUUUGUUCAGUGUGUUUUAACUGGGAAACGGACACACUAAAGCCAUUUGUUGAGUGUGUUAGAUGUGGAGUAGUCUCCCAUGUUGCUUGUUAUGGAGUUAAUAUUCCAUUAAACGAACUUCUUGACUUUUAUGGGUGGCUUUGUGAUAGAUGUGAAUUUGAGAAGAAAUUUUUAGGUACCCAAUAUCUUGUAGCCUUUAAUCCAGGAAGUAUCUCCUGUAUUUUAUGUUCCCAUUCUGGAGGAGCUAUGAAAAGAACAAAUAAAGAGGGAGUGUGGGUCCAUCUUGUUUGUGCUAUUUGGCACUUACCUCUGGUAAUAUGUGAAGAUUGGAAGAAUCUAAGUAAUUGGAAUGUUGAAAGGCUUAAAAGGAGCUGGACAAAUAAAAGGAUAGGAAGAGAAAACAAUCAACACUAUGUUUUGGGUUUUGGGAAAACUGAUAUCUCGAAUUCUGGUCAGGAAGUACCAAAAACUUCAGAAUCUCCAGAAACCUUGGAAUCUGAACAAAGAUCUAUUUCCACUAUAUUAUCAAAUUCUCCUGACAAAGGUGCAUUAAAACUUGAGACAGAUACCCCUGAAUUGGAUAUACUUGAGAAUGGUAGUAAGGAUAUAAGUUUAGAUCAGGAUUUAUCUCUGCAACAAGAAUCUUUUAGAAGUAAUACUUUCAUAGAAACCCAACCAACUUUAAGUGAUGAAACUGUGAAUGAUGGUUCUAUAAGAUGUGUGUUUUGUAGAAAUGAUAACACUUUUGGGCUUGUUGGGUGUGAUCACAAGAACUGUGGACAACUCUUUCAUCCAAUUUGUGCUUGGCUCAAUGGAGUUCAGGUUGAAGUUGAUUGUGACCCAUGUUAUUCUAGAGGAGAAACUUUAGUCGGUCUAAUUCAAGGUUGGAGGAAUGUACAGGAUGAGGCUUUACAAAUGGUCAAUAUCCGUUGUUUUUGCUUGUCUCAUAUCAGAAAUAAGGGUGUUACCAUUAGGGAGCUUGAUGAGGAAGUAAAUUUACGUAAAAAGAGAUACAUUAAUAGGGACAUGUUUCCUGACAUAUUUAACAGUAAAUAUAAUCCAAAAUCGGGUAGAAGCUCUCAGAUUGGAGUCAUUCAAAGAUCCAGAACAAGAUCAAUUUCUAGGUCCAAGUCUUGGGAUGUUUCAAGUCCAAACGUGAUCAAAAAGAGUUCCUGUGAGAUAUUUAAGCAGAACCAAGUCUAUUACUGCAAUGCUUUAAACCCAGAUAAGUAUGAUAGAGAUAUUUGUAGUAUUUGUCUCAAACUUGAUUCAACUGACUUCCCCUCUAAUGGAGAAGGUAAUUUAAUUCAUAAUAAAGGAAUAGUACAGGUACCAAGCUCAGGAGGAUUUUCUGACUCUAAUUUAAGUGGCAUUUUACCAGAGAGAAUGGUAUCUGAGGAUGGGAUCUUGGCCUCUAACAUACUAGUAAGAUGCAAUUGCUGUGGUUUGACUGUCCAUUGGAGUUGUUACGGAUUGGGAGAGAAUCUAGAAAGCUUGGAUAGUUUUAUGUGCCAGGCCUGCACUAAAGGAGUUAGACCUGAAAAUACAUCUUGUAUUCUUUGUCCAAGGCGAGGAGGAGCAUUGAUAGAAGCCCAAGGAGUCCCCCAAAAUUUCAGUGGAAGACCAGGUGAAAGGUCCCAGUUUGUACAUAUCAUAUGUGCUUUGUAUACACCAGGAGUAUACAGACUUCCAUGUGGACAGGCUUACGGAGCAGCCAACUACCUAGGAAUGACUUCUUUGGUAAAGCUACAGAAGGAUGGGACAUUGAGCAAAAAUAAAGGAACUUUUGUAAGAAGAUUUGGAGGGAUUGAGGGUUCUGUGCAGCAGAUUCCUUUUAGAGAUAUAAGGAACGAGGAGCAGUUUAUUUUAGAGCAAUUUUCAGAUCAAGAUACCUUGGAGAUACCGAGUGUAUAUUGUUGUAUAUGUAAAAGUAGCUAUGGAGUAAAUUUAGUUUGUAACCAUCCAGGUUGUACAAGAACUGCCCAUCCUCUUUGUAUGAAGCUAUAUGGGUGCUAUAUGGAGACAAUUGGUGAAAUAGAGGAAGAUAAAAAAGAGGAUAAUAUACUUCUAGAUAGUAGAAUAUCUAAUGGGCAGCCAUUAUAUGGUAGUUAUCCCUCUGGAAGGACUUCUAAUGUCUUAUAUGUUUCUCCGAAUUGCCAACCUCCAAGUUUGGAUUCAAUUAAUAGACCUGGAGAAAUAAAGGAAAACUACUUUUCCCAGAAAGUUUUUUGUCCAGAACAUGGGAAAGAAAUGGGUAAAUUUAAUCCUGGAGGAAAGUUAUUAUAUUCAACCCUUUCAUCAUUAAAAAUUGUGAGCAAGAUUUUGGAAGAUCUCGGACACUCCGAAAGAUUGAAAAAACAGCUUUUCAACACACAGUUGGAUAUAAUGAGUAAAGAAAACCCUAUUUUUUCGCCUCUUAUGAUAGUAAAUAUCAAUGCUUUGCAGAUUUACUGGGACUAUUAUUUGAGAGGGAUUCUACAAGAGUCUGUAAAGAUAAGAAAUGGGACAAUUAACAAAUUUAAAGAUAACUCUAAGAAUGGAAUGCUUUUAAAACCUUUACUUUCUCAGGGAGACUCAAACUUAAUUGGAAGUUAUAGAUCACCAAAGAAAAAUAGGCAAAACUCUGUUUUACAAAAUAGCAGUCAAACAUCUUCUUAUUCAUCUUCUACUGGCCCUCUCAAGGUUACUAAUUUAAAAAGAACUAGAUCAUCAGGGGAGGCCACUGAAGUUCCUUCAUUGGAGGAUGCUAUUAAAGAGGCUAGAAAACAGAGAGAGAUUUAUAAGAAGGAAUUAGUUGCUUCUGGGGUGGUAUUGAAGAAAAGACCUCCUCCAAAUAGAAGCCCAGCAAUCCCCUUUUCCAGGCUUACAGAUUCUGAACUUAAAGAAAGAGCUUUGAACUGCUUGAGGAUUAUUGGGAGCUCUUCAAAACUGGCUAUGAGCCUUAUGAUGGGCUACAACGAGAAUACAAACAAUUCUGAAUCCCAUGAAAAUCAGGUUAAACCACCUAAUUCACAACCUUCAGCUAAUGGAAGCACACCUCUUGUCUCAACAUUAACAGUUAAUACACCUACAAUUAGAUCUUUUUGCAUCAAACAACACAGACAUGAUUGUUUUAGAAGAAGGCUUGCGGAAUUCAUUAUUUAUCCUCCGGCAGUAAUGGAUCAUAGAAGAAAGACUCUCAGAAGUCUGACUCGGCAGCUUAAACAGUACGGAGUUACAGCUGAAGAACUUAUGGCUAGUGAUGUCCCUCUUCCUUUAAUUAAAUCAAAACCACCGUCUCAACCUACAAUUAACAAAGAAAUAGUAUCUACCUUUAACCAUUCAAGCUUUGGUUCUUCCACAACAAAUUCUGGUGUUAACACAACGGGAACAACCACUAUUACUAAUACUAAUACUUCUAACAUGACAACCACAAAUUUCAAUCCAAGCACCAAUAAUAAUAAUAGUAAUAAUUGCAAUAAUAACGUAGAAUUGACAGGUUCAAGGAUGACAACUAACUCCUUUAUUAGUAACAAUACUUUCAACAGUAUUAACAAUGUAAAUACUACUUUUAACUUUAACCAAACAAAUAUGAGUGCUCAAGAAUCUGUUCGGGAUCAAGAAGAAUCUUUUCAAACUAGCAAUCCCCAUUCUGAAAAUAACUUAUACUUUUAG